UUUAUUUUUACUGGAUAAUCAGUACAGGAAACUGAAGUAAGCAGAUGGCAAGUUCAGUGAUGAUGAGCUCGGUGAGUCUGAAGCCUUCUCAAUUUAGUGUUGAGAAAUUAGGAGCUGUGAGAGGCCUUCCUUCCCUCGCAAGGCCCAUUUCUUUCAAGGUUCAAGCCAGCGGUGUCAAGAAGAUCAAAACCGAUACUCCUUAUGGAACUGGUGGUGGCAUGAACUUGAGGGAUGGAAAAGAUGCAUCUGGAAGGAAGCCAACGGGCAAGGGUGUGUACCAGUACGUGGACAAAUAUGGUGCCAAUGUCGAUGGAUACAGUCCCAUCUACGACCGCAAUGAAUGGUCCGAAAGCGGAGACCGAUAUGCAGGAGGUACAACUGGUUUGUUGAUCUGGGCAGUGACGCUUGCCGGUAUUCUUGGAGGAGGAGCACUACUUGUUUACAGCACAAGUGCUUUGGCAAGUUAAGAUAUCGCCUCGUAUAUGUAAAUCUAGAUCUCCAUCUUCUGUAUUAAAAAUGUAACUUGUGUCCACAUGUCAAGAUCGAGUAUAAAAUAUUGUUGUGUGAUCCUGCAACUUAUUUGUCUACACCAUCUGUUCCUGUGGUUAUAGAUUAUUCUUUUCGGUUUAAAAUUAUCUGCCUAGGCUGCAUAAGUUGUACAACAAUUUUUGGAUCGAGCUUUCAGUUUUAAGCUGCAUGAUUUUAUUUCAACAAAGUACAGGUACUUCUGGUA